ACUGACCUGGCAGUGAGUUGUUCAAAGUUCAAUGCGUUUGCUGUUUUUAUUUUGACAUAAAAUAUUGCCAGAACUUUGUCUCUUGUUGUUUUUUAUCAUCGAUUAUCAUGCAAAGAUUGCUACGAGUGCCUAAAGUAUUUUGUUCGGCCUUUCCCAAAAGACUUGACGUAUGCCAUGGAACGAUUUGUCCAUUUUCUGCCACGGCUAUUGACAGAAAUCUCAACCCAAAGGAACUGCGAGAUUCGUGGGGAAAAUCAAGUUUUGAUAUUGGGGAAAUGAAGUAUGCUUUAGACCACGACAACCAUGAAAUGCGCGACAGUUGCAGAGAGUUUUUGUCGGGCGAUCUAAUGAAACCAAAGUACAACAUAUCAAUUGAUGAAGAAAGAGUGCUUGCCUUGCAGAGACUUAAAGCCAUUUGUGACAAUAAUUAUAUCUCUGUCCUUGAUUUUCGGGACAACCCUCUCCGAAUAUUUGCAGCUCAUGAACUGUCAGCAGUUGUAGACCCUGCCAUGACAACCAAAAUGACAGUUCAAUUCAAUUUAUUUGGUGGAACUGUCUUUAAACUGGGAACUGAUCGACAUCAUACAAAAUUACUACCCGGUAUUGACUCAUUAAAGGAUGUUGGCUGCUUUGGUUUGACUGAACUUGGAUAUGGAAACAAUGCUGUUGAAAUGGAGACAACAGCAAUGUAUGAUAAAGCCACUCAGGAAUUUAUAAUUAAUACACCAACAACUCUUGCUCAGAAAUACUGGAUUACAAAUGGUGCGCUUCAUGCUCAACAUUGCAUUGUGUUUGCUCAAUUGAUUGUUGAUGGUCAAAGUCAUGGUAUUCAUGGUGUAUUGGUUAAAAUUCGUGAUAAUGAUCUUAAGGUAAUGCCAGGAGUACGUGUAGAGGAUAUGGGGCAUAAAAUGGGGUUAAACGGUGUGGAUAAUGCAAAACUGUUUUUUGAAAACGUUCGAGUUCCACGUGAAAAUCUUUUAAAUCGUUACUCUGACGUCGGUGAGGAUGGCGUGUUCAAAUCGACCAUUGAAGGUAACCGUGCCCGAUUUUUGACUGUCGCUGACCAGCUGCUCUCUGGGCGCAUAUGCAUUGCGAGUAUGUGUCAAGGAGCUGCAAAAGCUUCAUUGACUAUUGCCACGCGAUAUGCGUCAACUCGUCUUACAGUCGGCCCACGAGGAAAGUCUGACACCCCCAUUUUAAACUACCAACUACAGCAACGUGCACUUCUUCCGCUUUUUGCAAGAACUUAUGGCAUCAACUUUGCUUUGGAUCACGUCAAAGACCGCUGGGCAAAUCAGAAUCCCGACGGUUCAGAACAUGCAGAAAUUGUCACGAUGUGUUGCGUCAUCAAACCACUUGGCUCGUGGAACAUUGGUGAAGUCGUAUCUGUAGCACGUGAACGCUGUGGGGGACAAGGUUACCUCUCUUGUAACCGAUUUGGCACGUUCCUUGGCAAUGCUCAUGCAGCAAUGACCGCUGAAGGUGAUAACAGUGUGCUCAUGCAGAAAGUUGCCAAAGAGAGAUUGGCCGUAUUUAAACCUCAAACACUGGGAAAGAGUGUGGAUGUAAAUCUGAAAGAUACAGGUUGUCUUCACUUUCUGCUCCAAAAGAGAGAGGAUUUACUUUUUAUGCAGUUGGGGAAGGCCCUGCAAGCCGCAGGCAAAGAAGGUCUCUUCGAAACGUGGAUGUAUAAAACAAGUGAUAUCAUUCAGUCAGCAGCCAGAGCCUUUGGAGAGAGAUUGAUAAGUGAAAGAUUUAUGGCCAUCACUGCUGAGGCAAGUGAGAAAAAUAAGGGCAUAUUAAAUCUUCUUCAUCGACUAUAUAUUGUUGAUAUACUGGAAAAAGAUCUUGGUUGGUGUCUACUAGCUCAAAUCCUCCCACCUGCUGAGGCGGCAAAAGUGAGCGAAGAAGCUGCUGACCUAUGUGCACAACUGGCUCCCGAUGCUCUUGCACUCUGCGAUGCAUUUGCUCUUACUGAUGAAAUGUUAUCCGCUCCAAUUGCGAGAGACUGGAUCGAGUAUAAUGUUCAUGAUAACUUGGGUGAAUUAUUGUGAACGACGAUAAGAUAUAUUUAAUAAAUUUUCUUUUUGUUUGUGGUAAAACAGUUUGCUUUAGAACUUGGUUUUGGCAUUUUUUGUGUCUAUCAAAUGCAUUCUAAGCACUCAACUGAAUCUUGUUAGUUGUAUAUUUAGAAACAUUAAUAUGUUUUAAUAUAUUAUCCACUGUUGUCUUGGCGAUAACAAAUUUUCACAUAAUUUACGUAAUUGAAAUAUAUAUUUCUAUUGUUUGUGAUAACUAUAGGUACAUGUGAAAUUCAUCUUCAUUCCCUUUAGCACUUGCUUCUUUUCUAAAUUAAUAAAUAAUAUUUGUUGGCUAUAA